AUGUGGAGUGAGGUUUCCCUCGAGUCCGAAGCUGGUGAGGUUGAGGGAUGUGACCCUGCGGUGUUUGCUACCGCACGAGACGCCGGCCCAAUCGCAGAUGGAGGUGUUGGGGAGCCAUUUGUUGCUCAAGUUGCUGAGGUAGGUGUCUGCUACGGACGGCUAGGAUCCAAUCUGCCUUGUCCAGAAGAUGUGGUAGCUCUAUACAAGCAGAACGGCAUCAAAAAAAUGCAAAUCUACCACCCAGACUCCGCCACUCUGCAAUCUCUAGGAGGCUCCAGCAUCGAGCUCAUGGUCGGAAUCCCAGAUGCCUAUCUCCCCGACCUAGCCCAAUGCCAGUGCGACGAUUGGGUCCAGGUGAUAGGGUUUAUCGUAACGUGUCACUGGGCCAAUAUAGCGAGCUAUCCGGACGUGAAGUUCGGAUACAUCGUGGUCGGAAACGAAGUGGAGCCUUCAUCAGAGUACGGACCUCUGAUCCUCCCGGCUAUGCAGCACAUCCACAACGCUCUCUGUGAGGCCGGCCUUGAAAAGCAGAUCACCGUCUCAACCUCCAUCAAACUAACUCUUCUCGGAAAUUCGUCGCCGCCGAGCCAUGGGGAGUUUCUGCAGAAUGUGACGUGGUACAUAAAGCCCAUCGUGGAAUUUCUGAGGGACACAAAUGCCCCUCUGCUUGCCAACGUCUAUCCCUACUUCUCCUACAUGAAUGACAUGGUAAACAUCAAACUCUGCUUCGCGCUUCUCCAGCCCGGCUGCGGCCUCGACCUCGGCGGCGUCUACUACGACAACCUCUUCUAUGCCACAGUCGACGCCGUGUAUGCAGCCAUGGAGAAAAUCCUUGCCACGUCGUCGUCACCAAUAUCAGCGGAGUUGCAAUCCACGUCGACGCCGGGCGUGACGGGUGUCGGAGACUGGGCAUUCAUCGUCGGAUAG